AUGGAAAAGGACUCCAAGGUCUCUCGUGCCUUGAAGGCACUUGAGGUCCGUCACGAACCUGGCCUCACCGAUGUCCAACUCAUGCUCAGCAACGAAGACCUGAAACCUGUCGAACCCGAACGUAGACAAUGGGGUGCAUGGCACUUCGUCGCCUUCUGGAUGGCCGACUCUUUCAACAUCAACACAUGGAUGAUCUCAAGCGCCAGCGUCCAAGACGGUCUCUCAUGGUGGCAGUCAUGGAUCUGUGUUUGGAUCGGAUACUCUAUCGCCGCCGUUUUCGUCGUUCUCACUGGCCGUAUCGGAGCAAAAUACCACAUCUCUUUCCCAGUCGUCUCUCGAUCCAGUUUCGGUAUCUGGGGAGGUCUAUGGCCAGUCUUCAACCGCGCAGCCAUGGCUUGUGUUUGGUAUGGCGUACAAAGCUGGAUUGGAGGCACUUGUGUCUACCUCAUGAUCCGCAGUAUCUGGCCUAGCUGGGACAAGUACCAGCUCGGUGGACCCAAGAACUCGUUGCCCGAGUCUUCUGGCACCAACACUCGUGAUUUCGUCAGCUUCUUCCUCUUCUGGCUAUGCUCUCUGCCUGCACUGUGGUUCCCCGUCCACAAGAUCCGCCAUCUUUUCACAGUCAAGUCGAUCGUUGCACCUGCUGCUGGCAUUGCCUUCUUCAUCUGGGCUAUUGUGAGAGCACACGGUCUGGGCCCUAUCGUUCGUCAGCCUGCUAAGCUCGAGGGUGGUGAGCUCGCAUGGACUAUCGUCAAGGGUAUCAUGAGCGCCAUCGCCAACUUUGCUGCCUUGAUCAUGAACAACCCAGACUUCAGCAGAUUCGCCAAGCGCCCCGAGAGCGCCAUGCUUUCUCAACUCAUCACCAUCCCCGUCGGUUUCGCCGUAACCUCGUUCAUCGGUAUCAUCGUCUCCUCUUCUUCUGCCGUCAUCUACGGUUCACCCGUCUGGUCGCCCUUGACACUCCUCGAAAACUUCCUCAACGAUGCCAACGUCAGCGGAGCCACACGCUUCGGUGUCUUCGUCAUCGCUGCCGCCUUCUCUCUCGCUCAACUCGGUACAAACAUCGCUGCCAACUCCGUCUCUGCCGGUACAGACAUGACGGCUCUGUUCCCUCGCUUCUUGUCCAUCAGACGCGGCAGUUACAUCUGCGCGAUCGUAGGUCUCUGCAUGUGCCCUUGGAACCUGAUGAGCUCGAGCAACAACUUCACCACAUACCUCUCUGCCUACAGCGUGUUCCUGUCGUCGAUUGCCGGCGUCAUGGUCUGCGAUUACUACCUCGUCCGCAAGGGAUACCUGCAAGUCAGGAACUUGUACUCGGCAGACAAGACUGGACCAUACUACUUUACUUACGGUGUGCACUGGAGAGCCUAUGCCUCCUACAUCGCCGGCAUCCUCAUCAAUGUCGUUGGCUUUGCCGGUGCAGUGGGUCAGAAGGUCCCCAAGGGCGCAACAUACAUCUACGACCUCAACUACUUCUGCGGCUUCUUCAUUGCAGCCAUCACGUAUUGGUGUUUGUGCAAGGUGUCGCCUAUCCCUGCGACUAGCGAGACGUGGCUUGAGGUUGAUGAUGAUGGUGAGCCCAACAGCUUGGCAUACGAUGGACAGUAUGAUGAGGAAGCUAUAGGUGAUAUGGCCGAGGAUGGGAAGAAGCCUGACACCAAGGUCGUGCAGUACUGA